AUGCUUGCAGAUUCUGUUAAGCCACAGUAUGAAGGAGGGAUAGUGGUCAAUCCAGAACUUAAUGAUGGAUUAAAUGGAUGGACCAUUCUGGGAGAUGCUAAAAUUGAGAACGUCGUUUCAAGUGAUGGAAACAAUUUCAUUGUUGCCUCACACAGGAAAGGACCAUAUCAUGGUUUGUCACAAGAGUUUCAAUUGGAAAAAGACAUAAACUACGUAGUUUCUGGAUGGUUACAAGUGAGCCAUGGUGAUGAUGCCAAUGUAGCAGUCAUAUUCAAGCCACAAAGUGGUUUUCAACAUGCUGCUUGGGGCAUUGCUAAGUCUGGUUGUUGGUCCAUGUUUAAGGGUGGCUUAGUUGUCAAUGCUUCUGGUCCGGCCCAACUCUAUUUUGAGACCAACAAUGCAACAAUUGACAUAUGGGUAGACAGUAUUUCGGUACAACCAUUCAGCCGAGAAGAGUGGACGUCCCAUCAAAAUCAAAGUAUUGAAAAGAUACGCAAAAACAAAGUGGCAAUCCAAGUGGUUGACGCACAGGGCAAGCCUUUACCUAAUGCAACUAUCUCCUUGGUACAAAGAAGAGCCAAUUUCCCAUUUGGUGUUGCUAUCAACAAAAACAUCCUUAACGACAGUGCUUACCAAAACUGGUUCUUCUCAAGAUUCAAGUACACAGUAUUUGAAGAUGAAAUGAAAUGGUACAGUACCGAGGUAACUCAAGGUAAAGUAGAUUACUCAACCUCCGAUGCAAUGGUCAAAUUAUGCAAGAGCAAAGGUGUCACUAUCCGAGGCCAUAAUAUACUUUGGGAUGACCCGAAAAUGCAGCCAUAUUGGGUCCGUACACUAUCCCCACAACAACUCUUUGUUGCUGCUGGAAAAAGGGUUGGGUCAGUCGUUGCGAAGUAUAGAGGCCAGGUUAUUCAUUGGGAUGUUGUGAAUGAAAAUCUUCACUCCAAUUUCUUUGAGAGUAAACUUGGCCCAACUGCAUCUGCCACCUUUUUUCGUUUGGCUUCACAGUUUGACAAUAAGACGCCGCUGUUCUUGAACGAGUAUAAUACGAUAGAAGAUCAACGUGAUGGAGCAUCAUCACCAGUCAAUUAUCUUAACAAGAUUAAACAGAUAAGAUCAGGAGGGUACGCGGGUCCUCUUGGAAUUGGAUUGGAAGGACAUUUUGUUACUCCGUAUAUUAGGACCGCACUCGAUACACUUGCUUCUGCAAAAUUGCCCAUCUGGAUCACUGAGUUGGAUGUUCAACGCGGCCCAAAUCAGGCACAAUUCUUGGAUCAAAUUAUAAAGGAGGUAGUUGGUCACCCAGCUGUUGAAGGCUUACUAAUUUGGUCAGCAUGGAUCCCAACCGGAUGUUAUCGAAUGUGUUUGACUGAUAACAAUUUCAAAAAUCUGCCUACUGGAAAUGUUGUGGACAAAACUCGUGUGACAUUGUGUAAUGUGGCCUUUAUUUGA